AAUUAGUUUCCGUGUUUUUGGAUUGUUUAGAUUUUAUUUUUCCAUUUUUUUGGCGGGCUUUUCUGCUUUCCUUUGAGCAUUGGGAACAGUUUUUUGUCUCUGUUCCCAGGAGUUUUGCUGGUCUCUCUCUCUCUCUCUCCAAAUUUGAUGGCAGAAGAGAGCGCUAAUGGUGGGCUGGUAUCAAUGGAUUCAUCUGAAUCGAGAUGGGUUUAUGGUGAUGAGGAAGAAGAAGAAGAUGAUGACGAUGACGCGGAGCAUGAAGGCUCUAGUAAUUGGAUGAGUGGGGAUUCAGAGGAGGAAAAUGUGGAGCAGAGGCUCAUCAGGACUGGUCCAAGGAUUGAUUCCUUCGAUGUUGAAGCAUUUGAGGUUCCUGGAGCUCCUAGAACCGAUUACGAGGAUUUCACUAUUGGUAGGGCGCUGCUACUUGCUUUUCAGACCCUAGGGGUCGUUUAUGGUGAUGUUGGGACAAGCCCAUUGUAUACUUUCAGUGUGAUGUUUAACAAGUGCCCUAUUCAUGGGGAGGAAGAUGUCCUUGGAGCCUUGUCAUUGGUUUUGUAUACCUUGAUUCUAAUAUCUCUAAUCAAAUACGUGCUUGUCGUGCUUUUGGCAAAUGAUGAUGGUGAAGGUGGCACAUUUGCGCUAUAUUCUUUGAUCUGCCGGCAUGCAAAGGUCAGCCUUCUGCCAAACCAACUUCAUUCUGAUACUCAUAUAUCGAGUUUCAGGCUUAAGGUGCCUUCCCCAGAGCUCGAGAGAUCAUUAAAAAUUAAGGAGAAUUUGGAGACUUCUUUGACACUGAAAAAGUGGCUUCUUAUGUUAGUGCUUCUUGGUACUUCUAUGGUGAUUGCAGAUGGAAUCGUCACCCCUGCUAUGUCAGUCAUGUCAGCUGUGGGUGGCCUGAAAGUUGGAAUAACAGGAGUUCAACAAGAUCACGUGGUGAUGAUUUCGGUUGCAUUUCUUGUAAUUUUGUUCAGCUUACAGAGGUUUGGAACGAGCAAAGUGGGGCUCGCAAUUGGCCCUGCUUUAUUUGUAUGGUUUUGUUGCCUUGGAACAACCGGUGUCUACAACCUUGUGAAGCAUGACAGAAGUGUUUUGAGGGCCUUCAAUCCUCUUCAUAUCUACUAUUUCUUCAAGAGGAAUUCGACUAGGGCCUGGAUGUCACUUGGAGGCUGUUUUUUGUGUGCUACAGGUUCUGAAGCAAUGUUUGCAGAUCUCUGUUACUUCUCUGUGAGAUCUGUUCAGAUUACCUUUGUGUUUCUAGUUCUCCCAUGCCUUCUGUUGGGUUACCUUGGCCAAGCUGCUUUUCUUAUGGAAAAUCAGACCAAAGCUGAGCAAGUUUUCUUUGCUUCUGUUCCAGAUGGUUGUUUCUGGCCAGUUUUCUUCAUUGCCAAUGUUGCUGCAUUAAUAGCUUGCCGAGCAAUGACCACUGCCACUUUCUCAUGUAUAAAGCAAUCGACAACUCUCGGCUGUUUCCCCAGGCUUAAGAUCAUUCAUACUUCUCGGAAGUUCAUGGGACAGAUAUAUAUCCCUGUCAUCAACUGGUUCCUCCUUGUUUUAUGUCUCGUUAUAGUUACCACCUUCACGAGCAUAAAUGAGAUUGGAAAUGCAUAUGGCAUCGCUGAGCUCGGGGUGAUGAUGGUAACGACUGUGUUAGUAACCAUAGUCAUGCUUCUCAUAUGGCAGAUCAACAUCAUCAUAGUGCUCACCUUCCUGGUUUUCUUCUUGGGUAUCGAAUUGACAUUUUUUUCUUCAGUCUUGUGGAGUGUGGGAGACGGGAGCUGGGUCAUACUGGUGUAUGUAGCUGUGUUUUUCAUGAUCAUGUAUAUCUGGAACUAUGGGAGCAAGCUCAAGUAUGAGACCGAAGUGAGGCAAAAGCUCUCAAUGGACUUGAUGCUACAACUUGGGUGCAAUCUUGGGACCAUUAGAGCACCUGGAAUUGGACUAUUAUAUAAUGAGCUGGUCAGAGGUGUCCCUGCAAUUUUUGGCCAUUUUCUAACCAGUCUUCCAGCUAUCCACUCCAUGGUAAUAUUUGUGUGCAUUAAGUAUGUGCCAAUACCAGUGGUGCCUCAGAAUGAGCGCUUCCUUUUCCGGCGGGUCUGCCCUAAAAGUUUCCACAUCUUCCGGUGCAUUGCCAGGUAUGGCUACAAAGAUAUGCGCAAAGAGAACCACCAGACCUUUGAGCAACUUCUAAUAGAUAGCCUUGAGAAGUUCAUCCGAAGAGAGGCACAAGAGCUCUCUCUCGAGAGCGAUGAGGAGAGAGAAACCGACUCCUCCGACGAAGAUGAGGAAUACUCAAGGGUGCUUGUUGGCCCCAAUGGAAGCGUCUACUCUUUGGGGGUCCCACUCAUGUCUAACUAUAGGUCUUCACUGGGGUCCACUACUACUCAGGCAAGCACUUCGGGGACCCACUUUGAGGACCACGCAGCCUCUGAUGUGGACCCCAUGGACCAAGGACUUGAGAGUGAGCUGUCUUUCAUCCGUAAGGCUAAAGAAUCCGGGGUGGUCUAUCUCAUGGGUCAUGGGGAUAUAAGGGCAAGGAAAGAUUCUUGGUUUAUUAAGAAGUUGGCGAUAAACUACUUCUAUGCAUUCUUGAGGAAGAAUUGCAGAGCGGGCAUCGCUACAUUGAGUGUGCCCCACACUAAUUUGAUGCAAGUUGGGAUGACUUACAUGGUUUGAGGAGGAGAUUGACUGGCAUUUGAAAUCCAAGCUGCCAUGGUUCUCUAUGAAGCUGCCCAAGGCGAGGAUAGCUUUUUAAUCUGGUUCAGAGGGCCUUCAUGAUUUGUGCAGAUUUGGACCAGCUUUAAGUUUUGGAGAAAACCAAAUUGUGCAGCUUGGGUUUUUCUUGAGGGCAACAGAUUGGGUUGGGUUUCUCUUGAGGGCAACAGAGCUCGUGUAAGUGUUUGCUCAAUGUUGUAUUGGGUCUUUCUUAUUGUUGUUGAAACAAUUCUUGUUCUAUAGCCACCCUAAAGAGAAAAAGCUUGUUCUAUAGCCUUUUUGGGGCAUGAGUAUUAUUUGUUGGAUAUUUUUGUUAUAAGGCCUUGAGGAAGAUACGGGGAUUUUUUGAGGUACCCUUGUUUACUGGUUCAGUACAUGCAUGUAAUGGUUUCAUUGUUCGUCA